GUGAUGAGUCAAAAGGGGAACAAUAUGUAGCCAAACCUGUGGCAACAAACAAUACAACCCCCCUUUGCCAUCUUCCCACCUAAGCAUCACUGUUCUCAAUAUCAUCCUCUUCUCUUCCUCGUUAAUUCAAUUUCAGACCCUUUCACUCCUCAAUUCAAUGAACACCCAAAAUCCAAUACUCACGUGCAUGCCACGUGCCCCCUGAGAUUACCCUUCUUCUACCUCUUCUUCUUCUUUCACUCCCCACAAAUCCACUUCCCUCCCAAGCUUCUAAGUUCUACCCUCUUUAAAACCCUCUGCAAAGUUCGAAUCUUUAGCAGAAAACAACAAAACCCAGAAAAGUUUUAUCCGCAAUGGCGUGACCAAUGAUUGAGUAGCGCAGCUUCUGUGAUCGUUCAGCAAUGGGGGUUUGCACUUCGAAGCCGCAGAAGCCGAACCCUUACGCGCUUCGCGAAACCGAAGCCGACCCUUCUUCACAGGCCCCGCUCAGUCCCGGCGCCGCCGACAACGGCCGCCGGAAAGAUGACGUCGCCGCCGGGAAACAGUCGCCGUUCUUCCCGUUCUACAGUCCGAGCCCCGCACGCUUUCUGAAGAAGUCUCCGGCGCCGGCGGGAGGGAGCAGGAGCGCGAGCUCCACGCCGAGGAGGUUUUUCCGGCGACCCUUCCCGCCGCCGUCGCCGGCGAAGCACAUAAGGGCGGUGCUGGCGCGGCGGCAGGGGAAGAAGGCCGCGACGGCGAUUCCGGAGGAGGGGGAGGAGGGUGGCGGUGGCGCGGCGGAUUUGGAUAAGAGGUUUGGGUUCUCCAAAGAGUUCACUAGUAGGUUGGAAGUUGGUGAAGAAGUGGGUCGAGGGCAUUUUGGGUAUACUUGUUCUGCUAGGUUCAAGAAGGGUGAACUCAAGGGUCAACAAGUGGCUGUUAAGGGCAUACCAAAAGCAAAGAUGACAACAGCAAUUGCUAUUGAAGAUGUUAGAAGGGAGGUGAAAAUAUUGCGAGCUUUGAAUGGACACAGCAAUCUAAUACAGUUCUAUGAUGCAUUUGAAGACCAUGACAAUGUCUACAUUGUAAUGGAGUUAUGUGAAGGUGGGGAGCUCUUAGAUAUGAUAUUGUCAAGAGGAGGUAAAUACUCGGAAGAUGAUGCAAAGGCUGUCAUGGUGCAGAUACUAAAUGUUGUUGCAUUUUGUCAUCUUCAGGGUGUGGUGCACCGAGAUCUUAAGCCAGAGAAUUUUCUGUAUACUAAAAAGGAUGAAAAUUCUGAGUUGAAAGCUAUAGACUUUGGGUUAUCAGAUUUUGUCAGACCAGAUGAAAGGCUUAAUGAUAUUGUUGGAAGUGCAUACUAUGUGGCCCCCGAAGUUCUCCAUAGAUCCUAUAGCACAGAGGCUGAUGUUUGGAGUAUAGGCGUGAUAGCAUAUAUUCUAUUAUGUGGUAGUCGCCCAUUUUGGGCUCGAACAGAGUCUGGUAUUUUUAGGGCAGUUUUGAAAGCUGAUCCAAGCUUUGAUGAAACACCAUGGCCAACUUUAUCUUCAGAAGCAAAGGAUUUUGUAAAACGCCUAUUGAAUAAGGACCCUCGGAAGCGAAUAUCUGCUGCUCAGGCUCUAAGUCAUCCUUGGAUACGGAAUUACAAUGAUGUAAAAGUUCCACUUGAUAUUUUAAUAUUUAAGCUCAUGAAGACAUAUAUGAGAUCAUCAUCCUUACGGAAGGCUGCCUUAAGGGCCUUGUCAAAAACAUUGACUGCUGAUGAACUCCAUUAUCUGAGGGGGCAAUUUGCUCUGCUAGAACCAAGCAAAAAUGGCAGCAUAUCUUUAGAGAACGUCAACAAGGCCCUGAUAAAAUAUGCAACAGAUGCAAUGAAAGAGUCUCGCAUUCCUGACUUUCUUUCCUCGCUGAAUUCAUUGCAAUAUAGAAGGAUGGAUUUUGAAGAAUUUUGUGCUGCUGCAUUAAGUGUGCAUCAACUUGAAGCUCUUGAUCGUUGGGAACAACAUGCUCGCUGUGCAUAUGAACUUUUUGAGAAAGAUGGAAACCGGGCUAUUGUCAUUGAAGAGCUUGCUUCAGAACUUGGACUUGGUCCCUCUAUCCCUGUUCAUGUUGUUCUUCAUGACUGGAUACGCCACACUGAUGGGAAACUAAGCUUUCUUGGGUUUGUCAAAUUAUUACACGGUGUAUCUAGCCGAAGCCUUGCAAAGGUUCAAUAAAAAUUUAAAGCAGAAGCCCUAUGGAUAUGCUGAAUUGUAUGUGGCUCAAUCAUAUCUGAAUUUGUGUCUAGUGUGCGCGCUGCAACUGAUUAUUGUGUUGUUGCUAUCUGAAGCUCUUGCUAGCACACCCAUUUAAAGUACAGGUUCAUAAUGAAAAGAAAUGCAACUGUGAUUCUUUUGAAGGAGCUCAAAUUGUAAAAUAGUCUACAGAUUGUUGGUUUUAAGAAUUAAUAUAUGAAUUGUAGAUUUAGAUUAGCUUUGCCUCGAUGGGUGGUAAUAAUUUCCUGUCACCUGUAUUAAUGAAUGCUUUUGUAUACACGAUACAUUUGCGAGUCUUCAUUUUUUUUUAAUAAUUAUAUUUUGCGUGUGUAUGUGUGUUUUA